AUGCUAACUCAAGCCCACAAUAUCGAGACCACUGACUUGAAGUCAUACUCUUACGUAUUUCGGCAAAACGUCUCGGUCGGUCUCUCAAAUGGAGGCCAAAUUCGCUGUAAUAUCUAUCUCCCAAAGACCGGCACGGCUAAUGAGCGUUAUCCCGUUUUGGUCACCUACGGUCCCUACGGAAAGGACAUUCCCUAUGAGCAGUUUGAUGCUGCGAGCUUUGCCGAUUUAAAUCCCGACCACAAGUCCGAACAUGCUGCCUGGGAGACGCCUUUCCCUGACUACUGGACUUCUCAUGGAUACGUCGUUAUCCGAGCCGAUGAGGUGGGUACGGGUCAGUCACCCGGUCGCCUUGAUAUUUUCUCGGUCGCGACGGUCGAUAGCUUCUGUGAACUUGUCGAGUGGGCUGCCAUCCAAGAGUGGUCUACUGGUAAGAUUGGGCUGCUUGGUAUCAGCUAUUACGCCGCAACGCAGUGGCAGGUUGCGGCCCGAAAUCCCAAUGGCCUGGCCGCAAUUGUGCCAUGGGAGGGAUUCGGAGAUCAUUAUCGCGACUUCUCUCGACAUGGAGGAAUAUUUUCGAAUAACUUCUUCAAUCUAUGGUUCGAGAGACAGGUGAAGUCAGUCCAGUACGGCCUGCCCGGCCGGGCGAGCCGUAACCGGGGCCCCGACACCGUGGAUGGAAAUCUGACCGAGGAAGAGUUGAAAACAAAUGCAGCCAAUAUAUUUGAUCAGCUCCAAUCACAACGCUUCCGGGAUAACGAGCGACAUGCAUCUGUCAACUUCAACUUUGAAGACAUUCAGUGUCGCGAAUUGGGGGGCUACCUCCUCCACCUACGUGGCAACGUUGAAGGCUACACUUGGGCCAGCUCGGAAUUUAAAUAUCUCCGCUUCAUUACAGGGAGACACGACCUGCCUUUCUACUACCCUGGCGAGGUUGAAAUCCAGCGCAGUUUCCUUGAUGCGUUCCUGAAAGGGGAGGAUCGGAUCGGAUGGUCACGAAAAGGCGCCGUUCCUCCGGUCGACCUUGUUUUGCGAAAAGGCGACGUCGGGUACAACGACCCCGAUGCUGAAGCAUUGUAUCCCCGUCGACAAGAGAAUGAAUGGCCCAUUGCACGGACUCUUUACACGCCGUUCUUUUUGAAUCCCGAUCAAAGUCUCACGGAAAGCAAGCCGUCACCGAACACCAUUAAAAUUGCCUAUAGAGCCCUUGGGAGUGUAUCAAAACCACAGACUGUCUCUUUUCACACUCAACCCUUCCAGUCACAAAUGGAAAUCACGGGGCAUAUCGUAGCCCAUCUGAACGUGUCCAUGACUCAGGACUCUUGGGGUUCUGUUCCAUCGGACAUUGACUUGUUCGUUACGCUUCGCCAUCUGUCAUCCGACGGAAAAGAAAUUUUAUACACGGGUACUAUCGGUGAUCCAAUUCCCGUAACAAAGGGCUUUUUGCGCAUGAGCCUACGGAAAGUGAACAAGGAACAUCCGCGCCAUCGCCCGUACCUCCCACAUCGCGACUACCUCUCGUCCGAUGUCCAGCCGGUCCUUCCCAAUGAAGUAUACGCAGCUGAUGUGGAGCUUUUGCCCACUAACGUCGUUGUGCAGCAAGGAGAGACCCUUGUGUUCGAAGUAAGUUCAGGAGACACUCCCGGGGUGGGGCUUUUUGAACAUUGUGAUCCAGUCGACAGAUCUCCCCAACAGUUCGCGGGUACGAAUUUCAUUCAUUUCGGACCGCAAUACAUCAACACAGUCACUCUUCCUAUUAUCCCUCCAAAUCCGUGA